CCUCCACCAUACGACUACUAUCGUAAUAAAAACCAAUCGUUGCUUCUUGUAGAUCAGUAUAUUUUCAAGAUGUUUGCGAGAGCAUCGCGUAUUGGUGUAUUGUGGAUCGCUGCAAUAACGCUAUGUUGCAUUUGUAUCUCCGCUCAACAAAUAACGCAAGAAUGUAUAGGCUGUAUAUGCGAAGUUACUUCAGGAUGUAACACAACUUUGGGUUGUGACGGACCGGUAUGUGGACCUUUUUAUAUAACAAAAGCGUAUUGGAUUGAUGCUGGCAAACCAACUAAAGCCGACGACAUAAGUAAUAACAACGAUGAUGAAAAUUAUAGCAAUUGCGCACAAGAUGUAUACUGUGCUGGCCGAACGGUACAGAACUAUAUGGUUAAAUUCAAGCAGGAUUGUAAUGGAGAUGGAGUGAUUAACUGUGAUGAUUACGUGCGUCUUCACCGAUAUGGCGUAAGCGGGUGCACAAAUCAACUACACAGUGUUUAUGAGAGUAUUUACAAAUUAUGUAUAGAUAACUUUGCAUAAAUAUAAUAAUGCAUGUCUUAUUACAACAAUGGUUAAUUACUUAUGGAGUGUUAUUAAAUAUUACGGAUCAUUUAAAUUUUGUUUGCUAAGUUUAAUCUUAUAUAACUUUACAUAUCAGCAUUUUAUAUGUAUUAAAUAUUUAAAUAAUCUUAAAAAGAAUUUUAAUUGUAUUCGAAAAUUAUAGAAUGUAAGAUCUAGAAUAUUUCACAAUUUUACAAACACACAUAAAUUCCCAAAAA